AUGAAGAGCUCCCAUAAUACAGAUCUUCUCGCCGGUUUACCGUUUUUCCGGUUGACCGGAAAGCAUAACGCUUUACCAGCUACAAUCUUGUUUAUACUACUAUCCGGAUCGGAGCUAGCCGCGGGUCAAUCGAAUCAACCCGGAGACACUAGAAAUGAUCCCUACGGUUACGGCGGCAGGCUUAGUCCCGCCAUGGCUGUGGUCGUUGUAGUCGUAAUCGCUCUUCUCUUCUUCAUGGGUUUCUUCACCGUCUACAUCCGCCACUGCACGGGCGCAACCGACGGCAGCGUUAUCCCCAGGGUGGCAGCGAGGAGAGUGACGAACGCGGCGGUGGCUCGUGGGCUCGACGCUUCGGUGGUCGAGACGUUUCCGACUUUCAUUUACUCGGAGGUGAAGUCGCAGAAGAUCGGAAAAGGUGCGUUGGAGUGUGCGAUUUGCCUGAACGAGUUCGAGGACGACGAAACGCUGCGUUUGCUUCCUAAGUGCGAUCACGUGUUCCACCCUCACUGCAUCGGCGCGUGGCUCGAGGGUCACGUGACUUGUCCGGUUUGCCGUACGAAUCUUUCCGAACAGCAGAAGCCGGCUGAUCCGAUCGAACCGGUGAUAGUAUCGGAAACGGAUCUAGAGGCGCAGCAAUCUGCGAUUCCCGAACCGGCGAUGGAGCUUGAUGGGAGUGUACCACGUGUCAUAUUGUCGAGGUCGCACACGACGGGGCAUUCGGUGGUAUUACCUGGAGAAUGUACCGAGCGGUUUACGCUCAGAUUACCGGAAGACUUGAGGAAGAAGAUAAUGGUGAAUUGGAAGAUAAACCGGUCGAAUAGUCUUUUGGUUUUACCGAGAGGAGGGAGCUCGAGGAGUGGUAAAAUGGUUGACCAGUCAAGAGCUCGGUCGGACCGGUGGUUAUUCCGGAAAACACCGUCGUUUCUGUGGCGGAACCGGGACGAUGGUUCGAUUAGGCUAGGUGGUACCGGCAGCAUUAGAGCUAAAGGAGUAACAAGUCCGACCGGUGACUCGGUACGAGCAGACCGGUGGGCUUUUCUUAGAAACCCAUCGUUUCUGUGGAGAAAUGCGCCGGUUCCUUCGCCGAGACUUGGAGUCAAUGAGGACGGUGAAGGAACAUCGUCGGUUCAACAAACCGGUACAGCUGGUGUAGCUAACGGUUCCGUUAGGCUACCGGUUUAG